GGAAAUUUUAUGGGACUCCCAGAACUAUCGAGAGAGAGAGAGACAGCAAGCAAGCAAGCAAGCAAGCAAGCACGCACGCAGGCACGCAUGCAAGCAAGUACAGGUGCUGGUGCAUGGGGAUUGUAAACUUGCAACAGGCAGCUCAGAGAUGUCAGUCCAUUUCAACAAGGGACCAGCAUAUGGUCUUUCAGCAGAGGUGAAUCGCAAGAUUGCCCAGAAAUAUGACCCACAGAAAGAUGAGGCUAUUCGGAGGUGGAUUGAAGAUGUUACCGGAGCAACUCUUACAGAAAACCUAAUGGAAGAACUGAAAAAUGGAGUCAUACUGUGCCAGCUGAUUAAUAAACUGCAACCUGGUUCAGUGAAAAAAAUUAGUGACUCACCUCAGAACUGGCAUCAGCUGGAGAACAUUGGGAACUUUAUCAAAGCAAUUACAAAAUAUGGGGUGAAACUUCAUGACAGCUUUGAAGCCAACGAUUUAUAUGAGGGUUGUAACUUAACCCAAGUUCAGACAACACUUAUGGCCCUGGCUAGCAUGGCAAAAACAAAAGGCUAUCAUACAAGAUCGGACAUCGGUGUGAGAUAUGCAGAAAAGCAGCAACGAGCUUUUGAUAACGAGACACUGAAAGCAGGACAGAAUAUCAUUGGACUACAGAUGGGGACAAAUAAAUUUGCCAGCCAGCAGGGGAUGACAGCAUAUGGUACCAGAAGGCAUUUAUAUGACCCAAAAACUGGAGUGGAGAAACCACUUGACCAGACUACCAUCAGUCUCCAAAUGGGAACCAACAAGGGGGCAACCCAGGCUGGAAUGACUGCUCCAGGGACACGAAGACACAUCUUUGACAACAAACUUGGAACUGAAAAAUGUGAUUCCACCAUUGUGUCGCUGCAGAUGGGGACAAACCAAGGGGCUUCACAGAAAGGGAUGACUGUGUAUGGGUUAAGCCGGCAAGUAUAUGAUCCCAAGUACUGCUCCACUCCCAACUUCCCUAUCAACGAUGGGAACCAGCUAACCAGUGGCUCUGAAUGCAGUGAGAGUGACUACCCAGCAGAGUACAAGUACAUUCAGCAAACAGAUUCCAAUCGUCAUAAGCAAAUGUAUCAGAAUUUUGAAUGAAAGCAGAAUGGCACUGCUUAACAAAUUGGCUUAUACAAAUGUGCAUCGCAGCCUCACACGUCUCUCAGUUACAAGCCACUUAGCUACACAGAACGCUUUGUUGCUAGUGCAGUGACUGAAACCCAUGUUAGGCUCUGCUGGUUGAAUUAUAUUUGGACACCUGAAUAAUUUCUUUAAAACAGUGCUGGGUGGUCAAUCAACUCCAAAAGCAGUGAAAUAAGCCAGACUAAUGUAAUAAUUGGCAAAGUACCCUGAAUGUAUCCACCCAGAUCUAGUUUAAAACAGUCACCUCUCCCCCUACCCAGCUUGCAUAUUCAUUAUAACAUUUUAAAAAUAACAUUAAAAUAAAAAUUACAAGUUCAAUUUUAAUUUCUUUCCUACUCACCAAUUUGUCAGCACUGGUUCAUUGUUUACAAAUCUUUCUGUAAAUCGACUCAUUACAGUAAACUUGUAUACAAUGCAUAAAUUGGCUACCAUUGGAACCACCCUUUCUACGGUGACCCACGCAGGGACACACUGCACUGAUCUACCAAUCAUUCUUAGGUUGUUUUAUUAUGAGCUUAGCAAUGAUGUAUUGAGCAAAUUUAACAAUUCAGGCACUGAACGAGAUGGAUGUGCGUCACUGGGGCAAGGCUAAUUCUAUAACACUAACUUUGAAAACUGAUCCCACUAUUUUCAUUACUGCGAUGUUUGUGUGGUAGUAUUGAAACUGAAAUUUCAAAGUGUGAAGCAGUUUAACAUCCAACUCAGCACUGGUACAGAAACAGAGGAAAACCUGAGGUGAUAAGAAUGUUUUAACAGCAGUUAGGUUAGUUUUUAGAUUUUGUGUUCCUUUAAGUAUUGACAGUGUUUAAACACUAUGACCAGCAGUUAUCUAGUGACUUGUGUAAAUCUGCUCACAUCAGCACUUCUCAAAUUCAACAAACACCUCCCAAGUUGCAGGCACACAAUUAGACUCAGAACUCUAUCAGAACAUCACAGGGUCACACCAGAUCUCUGUACUUUGUUCACCUGGCUCACUAUGGUUUAUUCAGAAACAUUACAAAAACGUGUAGCAGUUUAAUAGUCAGACAAACAAGACAUGCUAUUUCAUUUCAAAGAACAACAGAAUGACAACCAACCUCAAAAUAAACUUGGCCACCAGGCAAGCCUCACAUAAGAGCUCAAUCAGCUAGUCACUGAUUACAUCAGGUCCAUUUGACUAAGCUUCAGCUGUUCUCAGCUUCCGUGCACAGGCUCAGUACCUAGUGGACCCAAUGUCCAUGUAUGGGCUCAGCAUACCAUACUUGUGUCAGUUCUCCAGUUUACAGUCUACACUAGGUAAUAUCACUGCAGAAACACAUCAAUGAUGGAAGACGUAGAUAGAAUGGAUUCAAGUAGGCUCAAAUGUAGUGACCAACUUCCACAAAUCACUUCAGUCAGUCUCAAAUUGAAUCAGGAAAUCUCCAGACAGCAUUAAUUCUUUGCCUGUGAUCUGGAUAUGUGAUUGUUAACAAUUCAGUAAGUGAUGUUAAACUACCCUAUGUGGCUAAUUAAAGGAUCUUUUACUGAAAAGAGUUUAAUGUGAAUUGUGUACUGCUGUCCUAAUACAGAGCACGAUGCCAUUGUUAGUUAAUAAAACCAGACUAAACCAA